AAAAUUAAUGCGCACAAAUUUACUCUCCAUCUCAUCAUUUUCGCCCCUCUACAGGCUUCUUUGUUCUACAGCUAAACUUUAUUUCUGCAAAUCUUUGAAACUCGAAUUUUCUUUCAGCAAAUACUAGGGAAUACUCCAUGGAUUCGGCGGCGGAGCGGCGGCUGAGUGCUAUUCAAGGUCACCUGGUUUCGGCCGCCGACGAGGAUUCGUGCUCCUUGAUCCGUUCGAACCACACCUCCGGCGAAUAUUUUCACGAUCAAAGGUACAGUGUAGUUCUUCCUGAAAAAUUGCAGACUGGAAAAUGGGAUGUAUACAGAUCUGCACGCUCCCCUACGAAGCUUGUAACUAGAUUCCGGGAUCAUCCUGAUAUCUGCACACUGCAUGACAACUUUGUGCAUGCAGUUGAAACCUUUCAAGAUUACAAAUACUUGGGCACACGUAUUAGAGCAGAUGGAACCAUUGAAGAAUACAAAUGGAUGACAUAUGGAGAAGCUGGAUCAGCUAGGUCAGCAAUAGGUUCUGGACUUCGUUUUUGUGGACUAGAACCAGAAGCUCGUGUGGGAAUUUAUUUCAUAAAUAGGCCAGAAUGGCUCAUUGUGGACCAUGCCUGCUCAGCAUAUUCAUAUAUUUCAGUCCCCUUAUAUGACACUCUGGGUCCUGAUGCUGUUAAGUUUAUUGCCAACCAUGCUGGUAUAGAGGCCAUCUUUUGUGUACCCAAUACCAUGAAUACCUUGUUGAGCUUCUUGUCGGAGAUUCCUUCUGUACGCGUCAUAGUGGUAGUAGGAGGAAGAGACGAACAUCUCCCUUCUCUUCCUUCGGCAACUGGAAUUAAGCUGUUAUCGUAUUCAAAGCUACUUACCCAGGGUCGGAGCAAUAUUCAGCCAUUUUACCCCCCGAAGCCUGAAGACAUUGCUACCAUAUGCUACACGAGUGGUACAACAGGAACACCAAAGGGUGUUGUAUUAUCACAUGCAAACUUGAUAGCAAGUGUCGCAGGGUCGACCCUUGCAACCCAGUUCUAUCCUUCAGACAUAUACAUAUCUUAUCUUCCUCUGGCGCAUAUCUAUGAACGAGCUAACCAGAUUGCAUCAGCAUAUUUUGGUGUUGCUGUUGGCUUCUAUCAAGGGGACAAUCUAAAACUGAUGGAAGAUAUGGGUGUUCUGAGACCUACCAUAUUUAGCAGUGUCCCUCGCCUUUACAAUAGAAUAUAUGACGGGAUCACUCAUGCUGUGAAGACUUCUGGUCCACUAAGGGAAAGAUUAUUUAAUGCUGCCUACAACUCCAAAAAGCAAGCAAUCAUAAAUAGUAAAAGGCCAUCACCCAUUUGGGAUAAAUUAGUAUUCAAUAAGAUAAAGGACAAACUUGGAGGCCGGGUUCGUCUUAUGACUUCAGGUGCCUCCCCAUUAUCCCCUGAUGUCAUGGAGUUCUUAAGAGUAUGUUUUGGCUGUAGAGUUGCUGAAGGGUAUGGGAUGACUGAGACUUCGUGUGUUAUUAGCUCUAUGGAUGAUGGCGACACCUUAAUUGGCCAUGUUGGUUCUCCAAACCCUGCAUGCGAAAUCAAGCUUGUGGAUGUUCCUGAGAUGAAUUACACAUCUAAGGACAAGCCCUAUCCACGGGGAGAGAUCUGUGUCAGGGGUCCCAUUGUUUUCCAAGGCUAUUACAAAGAUGAAGGGCAAACGAGAGAGGUACUUGAUGAAGAGAGUUGGCUGCACACGGGAGAUAUUGGAUUGUGGUUACCUGGGGGUCGUUUGAAGAUUAUUGACAGGAAAAAGAACAUAUUUAAGCUGGCACAGGGUGAAUAUAUUGCUCCAGAGAAAAUUGAAAAUGCUUAUGCCAAGUGCAAAUUUGUUGCACAAUGCUUUGUAUAUGGUGAUAGCUUGAAUUCCUCUCUAGUUUCUGUGGUUUGUGUAGAUCCAGAUGUGUUGAAGGAGUGGGCUACAUCCGAGGGUAUUAAGUAUGAAACUUUGCAACAACUAUGCAAUGAUCCAAGAGCCAAGGCUGCCGUUCUAGCAGACAUGGAUGCUGUAGGAAGGGAGGCUCAGUUGAGAGGGUUUGAAUUUGCAAAAGCUGUCACCUUAGUAGCUGAGCCAUUUACAAUUGAGAAUGGUCUCCUUACACCCACAUUCAAGGUUAAGAGGCCACAGGCAAAAGCAUACUUUGCCGACGCAAUAUCUCAAAUGUAUGAUGAGCUUUCCAGAUCGGAUCCUGCACAGAAAAUAGUUCUCUAGCCAAAAAAACAGAGCAAAGCAAAUGAAUGCUUCAGGUGCCCUGCUUAUUUCUCCUCUUAUUCUCAAAUAAAGAAAGUGCCCUUGAAGCUAAUGUUGUAUUUUCAAGCAUACCACACUUCUGUUUUCGUAUAGAUAUUACAGAGUAUAGCCGAAAGGAUUCUUUUAAAUACACGAUGAAAGAGCACUUACAGGAUGAAAAGCUAAAAAUAAUAAGGUAUUUAACUGUUUGUUUCAUGGCUUUCAAAUGAAAAAUAAUAAAAUCAUGUUUCUCUUGAUGAUGCAAAGACAUUUUUUUGACUGCUAUUCAAGUUAGAGACAGUAUGAUACAAUUCCAUGUGAGUCAAUAAUACGACCCAUGUAUAGAAUAAUGAGUAUUUGGAGACAGGAUUGGCUUGUAUUUUGACUAUUUUCAUGUCCAAAAGAUUGAACAGGGAAACUAAAUACGGAGUAACAAAAAACAUCUCAACAAAGGAGAGUUCUAUAG